UCUCGUUCCAAGUUACUUGCGUUAUCAAAAGGCUAUAUAGGUAUAGUGACACAUGUAGUGACGAAAUAUCGUUCAGUAAUCUAUUUCAGUUUUUUUCCUAUAGUGUUUGUGUAUUUUUUUGUGCACUACGUGUACACAAUUCUUGUUUGUACGAUUGCGUGAAAAGAAAAACGCUUCUUUGAAAAGAUGAAUAACACGCACACGUCCCUCAUUUAUGGGGCAAACGCAGCAUGUGAUUCUUCACCUUCCGCAUUCCCCCUUUUUUCGAAAAGGAAAGCAGAGAUAAUAAUCGUGCCGGCUAUAUUCGAAUGCCUGUGCGUCUCCAAACAACGACGAUUUCUCAUUGGCCCGGAGCAUCUAUCGCUCCAUUACUUCACGACGUCUUAGCCGUUAGCCGAUCAUUUCUACAACCAGAGAGAAACGUCUCUCUGAAGAAUACGAUCGCGUUUCUCAGCACGAAGUGCGUACACAUGUAUAGCGCAAUAUAACGCGUUCGGUAGAGUGGAUGGAAAUUUAAUAAAAAAAAAAAAGAAGACAACGAAGAAAUCACACACAGAGAGGUGGUCAGACCACUCGCGGAAGCUGCGUAGAAACGUUUUAUUUGAUCUCGAUAUCUCGGCUUAAUGAGUGAAUUGUUCGUAGAAUAAAUCUAUACGCAGUAAAUAUAUAUUUAAUCUUACGUUAUUGGUUUGAAAAAGAGGGACAGCCAAUUAUAUUCUAUUACAAUGGAAAUGUCUCACAAUAAAGAUAACAAGAUAGAAGAUUCUCAAGUAAUGUCUCGUCUUUAUACGGAGGAAUCAAAAUGUAUAAGGCCACGAAGCAAAGGUGAAACCAGAGGACAAAGGCUUACUGGUCUUACUCAUGAAUGCGGUGUUUUUGGAUGUAUUGCUGCAGGGGAUUGGCCAUCACAAAUUGAUGUGGCCCAAGUUGUUUGCCUAGGUUUAGUGGCAUUACAACAUAGAGGCCAAGAAAGUGCAGGGAUUGUUACAAGUGAAGGUGUUUGCUCUAAAUCAUUCCAUGUACAUAAGGGCAUGGGAAUGAUAAAUAAUAUUUUCAAUGAUGAAGUUAUGAGGAAGCUUAGAGGAAAUCUUGGGAUUGGUCAUACUAGAUACAGCACAAGUGCAGCCAGUGAAGAAGUUAACUGUCAACCAUUUGUGGUACACACUGCACAUGGGGCAUUAGCAGUUGCUCAUAACGGAGAAUUAGUAAACACUGAAUCUCUCAGAAAAAUGGUAUUAGGGCGAGGUGUUGGUUUAUCAACGCACUCGGAUUCGGAACUUAUAACACAAGCGCUCUGUUUGAAUCCACCAGAAGGCGAAGUUAAUGGACCAGAUUGGCCAGCCCGUAUUAAACAUCUUAUUCAAUUAGCACCAUUAUCAUAUUCCUUGGUCAUAAUGCAAAGGGACAAAAUUUAUGGUGUCCGAGACCCUUAUGGAAAUCGUCCUCUUUGCUUGGGGAAAAUAGUACCAAUUGGCAAUCUAGCAUGUAAUGAUUCUGACAAUGAUGAUGAUGAAGCAGAAGGUUGGGUAAUUUCAUCGGAAUCUUGCGGAUUCUUGAGCAUCGGUGCGAGAUAUGUCCGCGAAGUGUUUCCUGGUGAAAUUGUCGAACUGACGCGAGAAGGUAUUAAGACUAUUGAUAUAGUAGAAAGACCAAAUAAAAAACCGCAGGCAUUUUGCAUUUUCGAAUAUGUUUACUUCGCCAGAAGCGACAGCAUUUUUGAAGGACAGAUGGUAUACUCAGUUCGUAUGCAAUGUGGACGAGUAUUAGCGAUGGAAUCGCCGGUUGAAGCAGAUAUAGUAAGCUCGGUGCCCGAAUCUGGAACCGCAGCAGCACAUGGAUAUGCCAGACAGUCUAAAAUACCUUUCACGGAAGUGCUAUGCAAAAAUAGAUAUGUGGGUAGAACAUUCAUUCAGCCGAGUACGCGACUUAGGCAGCUCGGAGUAGCUAAGAAAUUCGGAGCUUUGUCGGAAAAUGUAAAGGGAAAGAAAAUAAUCCUUAUUGAUGAUUCAAUCGUCAGAGGAAAUACAAUCGGUCCAAUUAUCAAACUACUACGUGACGCGGGCGCCAAGGAAGUUCAUAUUAGAAUAGCAUCACCACCACUGAAAUAUCCAUGUUAUAUGGGCAUCAAUAUACCAACAAGGGAAGAACUUAUCGCAAAUAAGCUCGAUAGUGUAAAAUUGGCCAAGCAUGUAGGAGCAGAUAGUUUAUCGUACCUUUCGGUCGAGGGGCUUGUCGAAGCAGUCAGAUAUCGUAUGGACAAUCGUGAAAGCAAUUAUAUUGGACAUUGUACUGCUUGUCUAACAGGAGAGUAUCCAGACGAACUUCCUGGUGACCUUGAUUGGUGAAAAUGUCACGAUUUUAUUCUAGAAGCAAAUAAAACUCCAGUUUUUUAAAUACAUGAAUAAAGAAUCUAUACAUUAAA